AUGGCAAGACAAAGCCUAUGGUCCCCGGCACUGAAGGGUUCUGUGAAGACGGCGGGAGACCGUCGGACGAUUACGGGGCCCUUGGUCAUAGUCAAUCCAACCUUGGAGUGCCGAAGUUCCAUCUCCGGCUGGAUAUUCGACCCUCAUUUCAAAGUUGUGCCAAGAGUCAUCGCAAAAACUCAGUAUGUCGUAUUCUGCCCCCAAUCCCCCAUUUCAUUGGAGGACUUUGAUCCUCAGAAAGACGAGAGACAUGAGGACGUUCUCGCGCAGAGUUUCGCUCACUGUGAAAUCAUUCCUCCUCGUCAGGCUCACCAACUCACCUACCUCCCCUGCUCUCCCCCUUCUCAUCAGCCACCAUCUGCACCUCGGUUCCUUGAGCCCGAGAAGAGACGAUAUUCUUCCACUCUCAUAUUCCUUGUCUUGGGCUUUUGCCCAGCGCCCAGCGCAACGAAGCGCGCCGGACGGCCGCGCCGCUCUGGGCAGAUUCUAGGACCUGGGAACCCUUAUGUAUAUGCUAACAUGGUUUGUAUUGGAGGAAUGAAAAUUUCAGAUGGGAGAGUGCGGCCGGAAGUGGGUGCUAGUGAGCGAUGA